AUGAGCAGUAGACUGGAAGCCGAAAGCUGGCGCGAAGCGUUAUGUAUUUAGGAUGUGUUUACACAUCAGUGAAGUUGUUUCAAAUUGACCCUGUGUUAACUAGUUCCUAGAGUAGUUAACGUUCUCAGAAUUAAUCGCUAACUUAACUACCGGCAACUAUUUUCAGCAAUUUAAAGCUGUCCGACAAGAAUUUACUCGGUUCGCGUCAUUAGCUAGCUGUUGAUGCUUCAGUUAACAACAGGGACACAAUGCCUGAGCUGAACCUGGAUGGAGUGAAGAUAAACUUCCCCUUCCCUCCAUAUGACUGUCAGAGGGACUACAUGAGCAAAGUUAUUCAAUGUGUAAAACAGAAAGUGAACGGGGUUCUGGAGAGUCCUACAGGAACCGGUAAAACCCUGUGCCUGCUGUGUGCUACUCUGGCCUGGAGGGAGCACUUCAGGGACACAAUCUCUGCUCGCAAGAUUGCAGAGAAGCUGCACGGGGAGGAGAUGUUUUCAAACACACCACUCGCGUCCUGGGGGACCGCCGCCACUGACGGGGACAAACCAAUUUACUACACUGAUGUUCCCAAGAUCAUAUAUGCAUCCAGGACACACUCUCAGCUCGCUCAAGUCAUCAAUGAGUUAAAGAACACUUCAUACAGACCAAAGGUGUGUGUGCUGGGGUCCAGAGAGCAGCUGUGCAUCAACCAGGAAGUCAUGCGUCAGGAGAGCAACCACAUCAAGGUCCACAUGUGCAGAGGAAAAGUUUCCACCAGGUCAUGUGUCUACUACAACAACGUCGAAGAGAAAAGCACUGAUAAAGACUUGGUGAAUUCCAUCCUUGAUGUUGAGGAUUUGGUGAAAUUCGGCAACAAACAGAGGGUCUGUCCGUACUACCUCUCCCGUUCCCUAAAACAACAAGCAGAUAUCAUUUUUAUGCCAUACAACUACCUGCUGGAUCCAAAGAGCCGUAGGGCACACAGCAUUGAGCUGAGCGGGGCUGUGGUCAUCUUUGAUGAAGCUCACAAUGUGGAGAAGACUUGUGAGGAAUCAACAUCAUUUGAUCUGACUCCUUAUGAUGUGGCCUCCGCCAUUACUGCUGUGGACAGGCUGCUGGUGGAACAGGCUAAAGACGCCAACCAAAGAGACUCCGUUACUGAGGAUAUCAAUGUAGAAUCCCUCAGCUCUGGUUUGAAAAUAGAGAUUCCUGAGAUUGCUAAAAUCAAACAAAUCCUGUUGGAUCUGGAAGCUGCUAUCGACUCCUACGAUGUUCCACAUGAUAAAGGCAUCACAAAACCCGGAAUCUUCAUCUAUGACCUGCUGAAGAGAGCUAGCCUGACCUAUAAGACCAAGACGGCAGUCUCUGAGGCUCUGGAGCAGAUCAUUGGAUAUUUGGCAGGACAGCCUGGAAUAUUCCUCAACACCAGUGGACUGCAGAAACUGGCUGACAUCAUACAGUUGGUGUUUUGUGGUGAACCAUCGGAACAGGACAUAGAGAAGCAGAUGCAGUUGAACACGGCUCAUUUUAAGGUUCACAUCCAUCAAGACAACAGCCACCACAAGAAAAAACAGAACACUGAUUUGUGGGCUUCAUCUUCAUCAAAGAAACAAGGCAACAUCCUAAGUUACUGGUGCUUCUCUCCUGGCUUCAGCAUGCAGGACCUGGUGAAUCAAGGUGUUCGCUGCAUCAUCCUGACCAGCGGUACCCUCUCUCCACUGUCCUCGUUCACCUCUGAGAUGAGGAUAGCGUUCCCUGUGUGUCUCGAGAACGGUCAUGUGAUUGAGCGGGACCAGAUCUUUGUCAGCGUGAUUGAUCGAGGGCCAGACGGCGUGCACCUGAGCUCAGCGUUUGAUAGGAGGUUUGUUCCUGAAAACAUGGCGUCUUUAGGUAACACCAUUGCCAACCUCAGCCGUGUGGUUCCUCACGGUCUCUUAGUGUUUUUCCCUUCCUUCCCUUUAAUGGAAAAAACCCUGGAAUUUUGGAGAGCUAACGGACACGCAGAUCGCAUAGAGAAUGUGAAGCCCAUGUUUGUUGAACCAAAAGGGAAGGGCACCUUUAUCGAGGUCAUUGAUGGGUAUUAUAACAAAGUCAAUGAUCCAGCAUCUAAAGGAGGAAGUUUCUUUGCUGUAUGCCGAGGGAAGGCCAGUGAGGGUCUGGAUUUUGCAGACACGUUUGGCCGGGGCGUCAUCAUCACCGGCCUCCCUUUUCCCCCCAAAAUGGACCCUCGUGUCAUCCUGAAGAUGCAGUUUUUAGAUGAGAUGAGCCGAAAGAAAGCUCCUGGGAUGAGGUACCUGUCAGGGCAGGAGUGGUAUAAACAGCAGGCCUUCAGAGCUGUGAACCAGGCCAUUGGAAGAGUUAUCCGUCACAAGGAGGACUACGGGGCCAUCUUCCUGUGUGAUCAGAGGUUUAAAAACUCUGAUGCCCGAGCGCAGCUUCCAGCAUGGGUCAAGCCUUAUGUCCGCCUCUAUGACGGCUUCGGGAAUGUGGUCCGUGACGCCUCGCAGUUUUUCCGUGUUGCACAGAAACUGAGACCUGUGGUGGUGAAGACGGCUGCAGCAGAGAGCUGUGCGACGCUGUGUUCAUCAAACACUCAGUCCUCCAGUUUCACCUCCUGCUCCUCCUCCCAAAGCUUCCAAACACAGAAAGCCAAGGAACUGGAUGCCCAUCUUCCCAGUCUGAAGAGGAGGAGACUCAAUGAACACAGUGGAGCCAACGGGAUGGCCAGAAUCUGCAUCGGCUAUGAGAGCAAGGUGCAGGGCAGUCAGGUGAGGCCAGCCAACCUGCUGGACGCUCUGGAGCGAGGUGACAGUCGCAGUGAAGACAACGCUGUGGGGGAGAAGUCAAACCAUUGGUCCACGCUGUCUCUUAAGUAUGACAAGAGGCUGGAAGACGAGCUACGAGGAGGAAAACGGAAAAUAAAGUUGGUGUCAGAUCAGAAACUGAGCGUCUCUGAGGACAUGUCGGAGGAGGGGAAAGCCAACAGGGCCAAGCAGUUCCUGGCAGACAUGAAGAAAUCACUGAGCAAAGUCAACUUUGACCGCAUCGUCCAGGCUCUGCAGACGUACAAGACGACAGACAACCUGGACGUCCUGCUGACAGAGACCGCCGUCUUAACCGAAGACACGAGGACCCACAGUCUGCUCUAUGGUUUCUACCAGUUUGUUCGUCCGCAUCACAAAAAGAGGUUUGAUGAGAAAUGUCAGGAGCUGACGGGGCAGGGCUGCGGAUACAAACCUGGACACUCGCUGUCGAAGGAUGAGAAGAAAGCAGUGAUGCUGCAGAGCUCUGCAGUCAGAGAGCCUGCUGGAGGACCCAUCUCCUCGUCUACCUGCAGUCAGCUCGAUACACAGCACCUCAACAAAGGAGGACCGUACCUGAACCAGCAUGGUUUAAAAGAAACCCUGACUGGUUCUGCUCCGAAGAAUGAAGUCCACGCUGCCUUCCUGGCCGAUGUGAAAAAAGCCCUCGGACCAGAAAAGUCAGCUCAGCUCUUUCAGGCCAUUCACAGCUACAAGAAGACAGACAACUACGAGAGCCUGGUGACCACAGUGGUGAGCUUGUUCACAGAGAGAGACGAGAACUUCAACCUGCUGAUCAGAUUCAGUAUGUUUGUUCGCCCACACCACAAGAAGCAGUACAAAGAGAUGUUGGAUGCUCUGAUGGGUCAGCCAGCAUCAUCCGCUGAUGUCCCAGCUUCAAACGAAGAGCUACAAACACAAGCUACUCUCUCAUCCCCUUUGAGGACACAAAGCAAGAUUUCCAGUUUUUUCUCAGGCAGCCAAAGAAAAUAGAACAUCUAAGCACUAAAGAAUGAGUUUCUACAGAUGGAGCAGGAUUCAUGUUGAACUGCCUUUUCCCCCACAUGUUUUGUGUGUUUUUAUGAAUUGCCAGAAGUUAAACUUUUUAAUCCAGCUCUGUUUUUUUUUUGUUUGUUUGUUUUUUUGUUUCUUUUUUUGUUUGUUUGUUUGUUUUUCUGUAAGAAGAUAGAAAUUUGGAAGAUAAAGGAACCAAUCUAUGAAUGCCAGCGCAAUGUCCGUUUUGGACUUGUCUGCAAGUGUGUUUUAAAUCCUGUACAGAAGGACAGAUUACAGUUUCAGAGAGGGCGCUGGCAUGAUGGUUUGAUGUUGAUCUUGUUUGCUGCAAGUUCUGGUAGAUCAUCCACCUCAUCCCAUUUUAUAAUUUAUACAUCUGAAGCUUCUCCUCUUGCAUCUUAGUCCCUCCCUCUAAACAGAUGGGUGUAGAGGAGUAGCACAUAGGCACAAAGAUGGGGGAGUCGCUGUAACAGGUAUGCAUCAGACUGAGAUGUUGUUUCAGAGCUGUCAUUAUGAACAAUGUCAAUUAAUAUGAUGCUUGUGAGAUUAUAUAUAUUUAUUCCUAAUGCACUUGAUCAUGUAAAAUAAACAUGUUUAGAAACAUUUCCUCCCUUGUAUCUCCUCGAGCAAGCUUCUUCUUUCUUCCAGGUGCGUCUUUGGGGUUGAGACAUCAUCCAAAAUAUUCUUGGAACAAUUUACAGGUCUUUUUUUUUUUUUAUAUUUCAGAAAAUCACCCUGAUGAGCUCAGCAUUGAAGUUGAGUACAUCAAUAAUUAAAACUGCCUUUGCGAUGCAACUUUACUCUGUAUUAAAUUAUUGUCAUGAAAAGGGAGAAAUAUGUAAACAUAUUUUUCUAAUGGUUUUUAAUAAAUUUAAAUUUGUGAAA